AUGACGGAGAUUGCGAUGGAGAAGGUGUGGUAUGCUGAGGGUCUGAAGGUGGAUCGUCAUGAUUCUGUGACCGACGGCUCGCUCACCAACGGCGACUACGACUUCACGGCGAGUGACGUCCGCACUGUCAACCACGUACCCAUCACCAGCAGACAGAGGCCCUGGGUGAAUCCCAAGAACUCGCCGCUCAAAGAUCCAGGCCUCGCGCGCGCCAACAUCGCCGCAACGCACGACAAGCCCAACGGCACGACCGAAGGCGACUGGGCCAAGAAACACCGGCACCAGACGGUGCUGCAGCAACACUGCGAGUUCUUCGACCGCGACCGCGACGGCAUCCUCUGGCCGUCCGACACCUACGUCGGCUUCUACAACCUGGGCUUCGGCGUCAUCCUCUCCGCCUUCGCCCUCUUCAUCAUCCACAUCAACUUCUCCUACCCGACCUCGUCCUCCUGGCUCCCCGACCCCUUCUUCCGCAUCAACCUCGUCAACAUCGACCGCACGAAACACGGCUCCGACAGCGACACGUACGACUCCCAGGGCCGCUUCCGACCGCAGCAGUUCGAGGACAUCUUCUCCAAGUAUGCCGACGGCGCGGAUUACCUGACGAUAUGGACGCUGCUGGCCCAGAUCAAGGGACAGCGGAACAUCUCGGAUCCGAUUGGCUGGGGCGGUGCUGUGUUUGAGUGGAUGGCGACGUAUCUCAUGCUUUGGCCUGAGGACGGCAAGAUGAGGAAGGAGGAUGUUCGGGCGAUUUACGACGGGAGUCUUUUCCACAAGUGGGCCAGGGACUGUGAGAGGAAGAGGAAGGCGGGUACCAUGCGCAGGUGGUAG